UUGGUUUAAUGCUCCCAGCAUUGUUUUUCAGCUCUGUUUGGGCUGAUAGAGGUCAACUGUAUUGCAUUUGAAACUAAAGGACUCCGAUCAGAAACUCAAUCAAAAUUCAAGGGAAUUAAAUCUAAGGAUAUUUCUCAGUUAUUUCAUGAUUAUAACUGCGUGAUUUUGAAAGACAAGAGCUGACACGCACAGGUUUGCAAAGUCAUCUUCAUGCAUAUGAUGGAAAGCUACAUAAUUCCAUCUGUAAGUAUUGUGUAUGAUCUUUUGUUUGUUGCAAAUGUGGCUGAGAAAUGUGUAAAAAGUACAUAUGAAAUGUGCUAAAUUGUAAAUAAGUCAAAUGUGGGUAAAUUGUCAAGAUUUACAAGCUGUUCAUUGUGAUUUUGUUAAAUAUAUGAUAAACUUUGUAUUCAUAUCCAAUGAGAUGUGUAUUACACCAUAUCUCACUAGCAAGAUAUGUACUCAGCCUAGAGUACAUAAGAAUGACCCAUUCUAGAAACACAUACACUUUUGCUAUCUACCUUCAUUUUUGACAUGCAUGAGAAUUAUAUAUAUUUUUUUAAUCUUUCUUUCCCAAAGGCAUCUGAAGAAAUAAUUUCAUAUGAACCUGAGAUUUAUCGACCACCAGUAGAGUUAUACUCAUAUCUCACCAAUGUUGGAGAACUUCACGAUGGUGAGUGGGAAAAAAACACACACUAUGAAUAUAAUGAUAAAGCUUCACACGUUAAAGACUGAAUAGCUGUCCAAUAGGGUUCAAUUCAAUUCAGUCAAUUUAGCAAAUAAACAAUUGAAAUUCCAAUCGUCCUCAUUGAAAAUAAAUUACGGUAACACAUUACUUAAAGCCUGCCAGUAUAACGCUUUAUAGCUGUAAGUAUGUGCGAGCCUUUAUAAAUGUCACAUCAACGUUUAUUUUUUUACAUUUUAGUCAUUUAGCAGACGCUCUUAUCCAGAGCGACUUACAGGAGCAAUUAGGGUUAAGUGCCUUGCUCAAGGGCACAUCGACAGAUUUUUUCACCUAGUCGGCUCGGGGAUUAGAACCAGCGACCUUUCAGUUACUGGCACAACGCUCUUAACCACUGAGCCACCUGCCGCCCAUAAUAUGUUAUGUCUCUCUUCUGGUUUAGAGCAUGGCUGGGACUACCACUCUGACCGGGGCAUGCACCAGAGGGACUUGUUGGACACCUCCUCACAAGAGAGUCACCUGACAGAGCUACAGAGUGUCCAUUCCCAACAGCUCCUCCAACCAUAUCGCUACCCCGAUACCGACACCCUCCACCUGCCACUAGUAGGCCCAGGACUGGGAACCCUACCCAUCUCCCCACAGGUUAGUCCACCUCUAGUAGGCCCAGGACUGGGACCUCUACCCAUCUCCCCACAGGUUAGUCCACCUCUAGUAGGCCCAGGACUGGGACCCCUACCCAUCUCCCCACAGGUUAGUCCACCUCUAGUAGGCCCAGGACUGGGACCUCUACCCAUCUCCCCACAGGUUAGUCCACCUCUAGUAGGCCCAGGACUGGGACCCCUACCCAUCUCCCCACAGGUUAGUCCACCUCUAGUAGGCCCAGGACUGGGACCUCUACCCAUCUCCCCACAGGUUAGUCCACCUCUAGUAGGCCCAGGACUGGGACCCCUACCCAUCUCCCCACAGGUUAGUCCACCUCUAGUAGGCCCAGGACUGGGACCUCUACCCAUCUCCCCACAGGUUAGUCCAACUCUGUCUCUGAUCAUCUUGACAACUUAUACUGUAUGUAUAUAAAAUUUGUAUUUCAGAUGAGAACAGUGUCAAAGCUGUGAAAAAUAUAAAAUACCUAUUGGGAUAAAGCAACUCUGACAGAUGGCCUAACACAUAGCCUAUGAAGAAAGAUUCCCAGGCCUUUUAUACUUUAGUGGUAUACAUUAUCACUAUCAACAAUAUACAAUAUCUAGAGAUAAUACUCUCUGUCUUUGAGAGGGAGGGCAGAGAGAUGACUGGAUGCAAUGUGAUAGCAUACACAGUUGUCUGUGCUGGUAGUGGGUUGCUCAACGAUGCGCUUUUCCUGAGUGAGGGUACAUUUAGCCACGACCCUCAUGAGGGUACAUUUAUCCACGACCCCCAUGAGGGUACAUUUAGCCACGACCCUCAUGAGGGUACAUUUAGCCACGACCCUCAUGAGGGUACAUUUAUCCACGACCCCCAUGAGGGUACAUUUAGCCACGACCCUCAUGAGGGUACAUUUAGCCACGACCCUCAUGAGGGUACAUUUAUCCACGACCCUCAUGAGGGUACAUUUAGCCACGACCCUCAUGAGGGUACAUUUAUCCACGACCCCAUGAGGGUACAUUUAGCCAGGACCCUCAUGAGGGUACAUUUAGCCACAACCCUCAUGAGGGUACAUUUAUCACGACCCCCAUGAGGGUACAUUUAGCCACGACCCCCAUGAGGGUACAUUUAGCCACGACCCUCAUGAGGGUACAUUUAGCCACGACCCUCAUGAAGGUACAUUUAUCCACGACCCCCAUGAGGGUACAUUUAGCCAGGACCCUCAUGAGGGUACAUUUAGCCACGACCCUCAUGAGGGUACAUUUAGUCACGACCCUCAUGAGGGUACAUUUAGCCACAACCCUCAUGAGGGUACAUUUAGCCAGGACCCUCAUGAGGGUAUAUUUAGCCAUGACCCUCAUGAGGGUACAUUUAGCCAUGACCCUCAUGAGGGUACAUUUAGCCAGGACCCUCAUGAGGGUACAUUUAGCCACAACCCUCAUGAGGGUACAUUUAGCCAGGACCCUCAUGAGGGUAUAUUUAGCCAUGACCCUCAUGAGGGUACAUUUAGCCACGACCCUCAUGAGGGUACAUUUAGCCACAACCCUCAUGAGGGUAUAUUUAGCUAGGACCCUCAUGAGGGUACAUUUAGCCACGACCCUCAUGAAGGUACAUUUAGCCAUGACCCUCAUGAGGGUACAUUUAGCCAGGACCCUCAUGCGAGUACAUUUAGCCACGACCCUCAUGAGGGUACAUUUAUCCACGACCCUCAUGAGGGUACAUUUAGCCACGACCCUCAUGAGGGUACAUUUAGCCACGACCCUCAUGAGGGUACAUUUAUCUACGACCCUCAUGAGGGUACAUUUAGCCACGACCCUCAUGAGGGUACAUUUAGCCACAACCCUCAUGAGGGUACAUUUAGCCAGGACCCUCAUGAGGGUACAUUUAGCCACGACCCUCAUGAAGGUACAUUUAGCCACGACCCUCAUGAGGGUACAUUUAGCCAGGACCCUCAUGCGAGUACAUUUAGCCACGACCCUCAUGAGGGUACAUUUAUCCACGACCCUCAUGAGGGUACAUUUAGCCACGACCCUCAUGAGGGUACAUAUAUCCACGACCCCCAUGAGGGUACAUUUAGCCAGGACCCUCAUGAGGGUACAUUUAGCCACGACCCUCAUGAGGGUACAUUUAGCCACGACCCUCAUGAGGGUACAUUUAGCCAGGACCCUCAUGAGGGUACAUUUAGCCACGACCCUCAUGAGGGUACAUUUAGCCACGACCCUCAUGAGGGUACAUUUAGCCACGACCCUCAUGAGGGUACAUUUAGCCACGACCACUAGCCUAGCGAGGAUAGAGCAGCAGAAUAGUGCACACUCACCAACCGCAGGGCUGUGGAUAGCCUAGGCUACACCUCAUUUACUCAACCUCCUUAUUGAGACAUCAUCUGAGGCACUGCAGUGAGUGGGUGAGGAAAGCCUGAUCAAAUACAAAUGUACAAUGCAACUGUUAAAUCAAAGAUGUAUAGAAUAAUUGCUUUGGGGGCUAUUUGAGAAUGGCUUUGGGGGCUGUAGGAGAAUGUCUUUGGGGGCUAUGAAUGCUUUGGGGGCUGUAGGAGAAUGGCUUUGGGGGCUAUAGGAGAAUGGCUUUGGGGGCUAUAGGAGAAUGCUUUGGGGGCUAUAGGAGAAUGCUUUGGGGGCUAUAGGAGAAUGGCUUUGGGGGCUAUAGGAGAAUGCUUUGGGGGCUAUAGGAGAAUGCUUUGGGGGCUAUUUGAGAAUGGCUUUGGGGGCUAUAGGAGAAUGCUUUGGGGGCUAUUUGAGAAUGGCUUUGGGGGCUAUAGGAGAAUGGCUUUGGGGGCUAUAGGAGAAUGCUUUGGGGGCUAUUUGAGAAUGGCUUUGGGGGCUGUAGGAGAAUGCUUUGGGGGCUAUAGGAGAAUGCUUUGGGGGCUAUAGGAGAAUGCUUUGGGGGCUGUAGGAGAAUGGCUUUGGGGGCUAUAGGAGAAUGCUUUGGGGGCUAUAGGAGAAUGCUUUGGGGGCUAUAUGAGAAUGGUUUUGGGGGCUAUAGGAGAAUGCUUUGGGGGCUAUAGGAGAAUGGCUUUGGGGGCUAUAGGAGAAUGCUUUGGGGGCUAUUUGAGAAUGGCUUUGGGGGCUGUAGGAGAAUGCUUUGGGGGCUAUAGGAGAAUGCUUUGGGGGCUAUAGGAGAAUGCUUUGGGGGCUGUAGGAGAAUGGCUUUGGGGGCUAUAGGAGAAUGCUUUGGGGGCUAUAGGAGAAUGCUUUGGGGGCUAUAGGAGAAUGGCUUUGGGGGCUGUAGGAGAAUGGCUUUGGGGGCUGUAGGAGAAUGACUUUGGGGGCUAUAGGAGAAUGCUUUGGGGGCUAUAGGAGAAUGGCUUUGGGGGCUGUAGGAGAAUGACUUUGCAUUUGUGAUAAGAAGUAAAUCCCCACAGAAUGAUGUAAAUAAAAAUCAGUCUCCAAAACAUUUGGCCUGGACUUUUAAGGGUAUUUCUCAUGUAUGACUGUCUGUCCAUUGUGCUAUUGGCAAUUGUUUUUAGAUUAUAUUUAGUUGCCCUUCCACUACUUCCUCUUUUAGUGAGAUGACGGACCAUUUUGACAUUUCCAAAGUAACACAAUCCGACAGUCUCUCAGGCCAGUCUACUAAGCAACGGUUAUUUAUACAGGAGAUGUGUAUGUGAUCACCAAAUCACAGAGUAAUCAAAGCAAACACAAUAUUAAGCCUACAGAAUCAAGGACCUAUUUUUUAAACUCUGCAUUGUUGGUUAAGGGCUCGUAAGCAAGCAUUUCACGGUUAAGUCUACACCUGUUGUAUUCGGCGCAUGUUAAAAAUAGAUUUUAAUUUGAAAUAUUUAGAUUUCGGGGGUCCUGCCUAGAUAAAGAGGCUAAAACAUGUGGAGGUUUUCCAUACUUUCAUUCAGAACUAGUGCUCAAAAUGGCGCCCCAAAAUGUGUGUUAUAUUGUCAUAUAGAUGCUAAACAAAACAUACCGUACAACCAUCUAUCAAAUGAUCUGUCCAUUCUUCUCCACAGAUGCCGUAUUACAGCCGCACGGUGUUUUACCAUCAGCAGGCCCCCGUGUCCCCGAGCCACUACUGCUCAGAGGAGGAGAGACCUGGGGGCCACAGCCCCCCACUGGAGGUGUCUGAGGGAGAGGAGGAGGACUACGGAGACCAUGUCCCCUCUGGGGGUGACUCCAGUGAGUCCUGACUUACUGAAUGACUGACUGAUCUGGCUGACUGACUGAUUGACUGAUCUGGCUGACUGACUGAUUGACUGAUCUGGCUGACUGACUGAUUGACUGACUGAUUGACUGAUCUGGCUGACUGACUGAUUGACUGAUCUGGCUGACUGACUGAUUGACUGAUCUGGCUGACUGACUGACUGACUGAUCUGGCUGACUGACUGAUUGACUGAUCUGGCUGACUGACUGAUUGACUGAUCUGGCUGACUGACUGAUUGACUGAUCUGGCUGACUGACUGAUUGACUGAUCUGGCUGACUGGCUGACUGAUUGACUGAUCUAUUUGUAAGUCGCUCUGGAUAAGAGCGUCUGCUAAAUGACGUAAAUGUAAAUGUAAAUGAUCUGGCUGACUGGCUGACUGAUUGACUGAUCUGGCUGACUGACUGAUUGACUGAUCUGGCUGAUCUGGCUGACUGACUGAUUGACUGGUUGACUGAUAUGGCUAAUCUGGCCCACUUCUGGACCAUAAUUUUAACUGGGCCGUAAUACCUGGUAGAUGUGGGCUGGAUUUCGGCCAUAAUAGUUUUGUUGGCUGGGUAGGGUCCUAUUCCAUACAGGGAUCACUGUCAAUGCAAAGAUUUACUAUCAUAAUUAUAAUCAAAACAUAACCAACAGUAACGUUUAACCGGAGUAUGGGCAUGUGGAAACGAGUGGGUGUGUCGAAAGGAGUGGGCGUUUCGAAAGCAAGCAGCUAAUUGGUCAGAUAUUACUGCUCUGCCUAACCCGCUCUGGCUUUUAGCUAACCCCUAAAACUUUUCCUAACCUUACCCUAAUUAUCCUAACCCGCUACGUUAAUUAUCCUAACCUGCUGCGUAAGUUCUCCUAACGAGCUACGAAAAGUCAAUUCUGACAUAAACUGUAUACCAUCUAGUCGAAACCUCUAACCUAUAGCAGAGCGCUUUUGACACACCCACUCCAUUCCACACGCCCACUACCCCGGGGUGCAGUUGAAACUGGAGGAAUUAUGAGAAAAUGUAAUCCCAUAUGAAUCCCUUAUCUCCAAUAUCUCUACCAUAUCUCUCUAUCCAGGUAGCAAGAGAAAGACCCGCCUGUACCAGUUCCUGCUGGAUCUGCUGAGGAAAGGAGACAUGAAGGACAGCGUGUGGUGGGCGGACAAAGAGAAAGGUAUCUUCCAGUUCUCUUCUAAACACAAGGAGACUCUGGCUAAUCGAUGGGGCACGCAGAAAGGAAACAGGAAGAAGAUGACCUAUCAGAAGAUGGCCAGGGCCCUGCGGAACUACGGCAAGACGGGAGAGAUCAAAAAGGUCAAGAAGAAACUGACCUACCAGUUCAGUCUAGAGGUACUGAGGAAAGUCUCAACUACAGAGAGAAGUCACUGCCAUCACUAG